GAGGAGGGUGGGGGGUGUGCACGCUCAUUAAGGACCAUUGACAGCUGGGAACCUCCUCCGGCUGCACCGCAGCAUCACUGGCGCACGGCUGUGGAAGAUGGUCGCAGUGCAGACGUCCCCCAGCGCGUCUCUGUCGGCGGAGUGGGUCUGCUGUCUGGACAAAAGGCCUUCAGAGCGCUCAGGAGAGGAUGUGGACAUCAUUCUGACCAGGCUACGGGAGGUCAAAGCCUUCCAGAGGUUCCCGUCUCCUCUUUUACUGCAGAUCUGUGCCUGUGCCUUCUACGAAUGCCUGGAGAAAGGCAUCACAUUAUUCCGACAGGGAGACAUCGGCACCAGCUGGUACGCCGUCUUGUCCGGCUCUCUGGAUGUUAAAGUGUCAGAAACUGCCAACCACCAGGAUGCAGUCAGUAUUUGCACACUGGGAAUUGGGACAGCGUUUGGGGAGUCCAUCCUGGACAACACUCCUCGCCAUGCGACCAUUGUCAGCAGAGAGACCAGCGAGCUGCUCCGCAUUGAGCAGCGGGAGUUCAAGAGCCUUUGGGAGAAGUAUCGUCAGAGCCUGGCUGGACUCUUGGCUCCUCCUUAUGGAGCAAUGGAGAGUGGCUCCAACAAUGACAAACUUGCAGACAAAGAUGGCAUGAACUCAGAUGCUGUAAACAAGCCUCAUAAGGUUCCUUCAGAGAAGCUGCAGAGAGCGGGGAAGGUUCUCCGUAACGCCGUCCUCUCCAGAGCCCCACACAUGAUCCGAGACAGAAAAUACCACCUGAAGACAUACAGACAGUGCUGUGUGGGCACAGAGCUGGUCGAUUGGCUCGUGCAGCAGAGCGCUUGUGUUCACACACGCUCGCACGCUGUUGGCAUGUGGCAGGCACUGCUCGAAGAAGGGGUGCUCAACCACGUGGACCAGGAGCUGGGUUUCCAGGACAAAUACCUUUUCUACCGUUUCCUUGACGAUGAUGAGGAGGACACACCUCCACCCAGUGAAGAGGAGAAGAGGGAGAGUGAAGAGGAGCUACCAGAGACGAUCCUGUUCCUGGCUCAGAUUGGACCUGAUGCACUGCUGCGCAUGAUCCUCAGGAAAUCGCCUGGUCAGAGGACGGGAGAUGACCUGGAGAUCAUCUAUGAUGAGUUGCUUCAUAUCAAGGCCUUAGCUCACCUCUCCAACACUGUGAAGCGGGAAUUGGCGAGCGUUGUGAUCUUUGAGUCUCAUGCAAAAGCGGGAACUGUGUUGUUCAAUCAAGGCGAGGAGGGCACAUCAUGGUACAUCAUCCAGAAGGGCUCUGUCAAUGUGGUUAUCUAUGGCAAGGGAGUGGUUUGUACGCUCCACGAGGGGGAUGACUUUGGGAAGUUGGCUCUGGUGACAGAUUCCCCUCGUGCUGCCUCCAUCGUGCUGAGAGAGGACAACUGCCACUUCCUCCGUGUGGACAAAGAAGACUUCAACCGGAUACUGAGGGACGUGGAAGCAAACACUGUGCGUUUGAAGGAGCAUGAUCGGACAGUGCUGGUGUUAGAAAAGAGUCCCCGUGUGUCCACUCUGGGAAGCAUCAAGUACACUGUGAUAUCAGGAACCCCAGAGAAGAUUCUUGAGCACUUCCUGGAGACCAUGAGGAUGGAUAUACAUCACAAUGAACCAGACCCAGCAGUGGAUGAUUUUGUUCUCAUGCACUGUGUCUUCAUGCCCAACAGCCAGCUGUGUCCUCUCCUCAUGGCACACUACCAUGCGGCAUCUCCGCCCGGCUCUGAACAGGAGAGGUUGGAGUACGCCGUCAACAGUAAGAGGAGGGCUCUUAUUCUGGCUCUGCGCUGGGCUCACUCACAUUCGUAUCUGCUGCAGGAGGAACCCGCUGCUAUCUCUUUUCUGGAGGAGUUGUAUGGAAGUUUAUCAAAUGAUACUCGGAUGCUGAGAGCCCUGAAAGACUUGGUUCCUGACCUUGAAAAAGUCGCCAAACUACAUUCAGAGGAAGCCAAAUCCACAAAAAAGAAAACUCUAAUACGACAGUUCAGCAAUGGAGAAGAAAGGCUGCAGAAGAAACAACCCAUUAGGAAUCAAGAUGACAUCCUUUUGAAGGUGUACUGCAGUGAUCACACCUACACGACAAUCCGGAUUGCUGUAGCAGCGAUGGGAAGAGAAGUGAUCAGCACUAUGACCGACAAACUUGGUACCAGUGAUGAGCUCCUGCUGGUUCACUUUAGUUCAGCUGGUGAAAAACAAAUCAUGAAGCCCAAUGAUGUGUCAGUGUUUUCCACUCUCACCAUCAACGGACGAUUGUUUGCCUGUCCUCGAGAUCAGCUCAACACUCUGACACCUCUGCCAGACCAGGAGGGUCCCACUGCAGGUUCUAUGUCGACCUUUGAGCUAAUGAGUUCAAAGGAUCUGGCUUAUCAAAUGACAAUGUUUGACUGGGAGCUCUUCAGUUGUGUGCAUGAGCAUGAGCUGCUCUACCACACUUUUGGCCGACAUAGCUUUCGAAGGACCACCGCUAACCUCGACUUGUUCCUACGGAGGUUCAACCAAGUUCAGCUGUGGGUGGUCACCGAGGUCUGCCUCUGUGGACAGCUCAGCAAGCGAGUCCAGCUCCUCAAGAAGUUCAUCAAGAUUGCUGCACACUGCCGGGAGUUCAAGAACCUCAAUUCCUUCUUUGCUAUCAUUAUGGGGAUGAGCAACCCCGCUGUCAGCAGACUGAGCCAGACAUGGGAGAAACUUCCAACCAAGUUUAAGAAAUUCUAUGCCGAGUUUGAGAGCAUGAUGGACCCAUCUAGAAACCAUCGGGCAUACCGGCUAACUGUUACCAAACUGGAACCACCUAUCAUUCCCUUUAUGCCGCUACUUCUCAAAGAUAUGACGUUCACACAUGAGGGAAACAAGACCUUCUUAGACAAUAUGGUCAACUUUGAGAAGAUGCGUAUUAUAGCUAACACGAUUCGGCAAGUGAGGCACUGCAGAAGCCAACCAUUCAAUCCCGACAUAUGUCAGCCUAACAAGAACCAAGCCGAGGUCCGGGGAUAUGUCAGGAAACUCUGUGUGAUUGACAACCAGAGAGCGCUGAGUCAGCUUUCCUACAGGCUGGAGCCUCGGAGGACAUAAUCUCCAAGCCUUUCACACCGCCAUCGCCUUCUCUGUGACCUUACCAUUGACAAAAGCCAAACAUUAACUGGAUCACACCAGUCAGUAAGUUAUUAUUUUGGACUCCAGAUCAAGGACUUAUACUGUGCCACGACAGGCCUCCUGUUCCCGGAAAAAAGAAGCUUCAGCUGCUUUCUUGUUGCUGUGACUCAGCCCUCAGACUGAGGUCUUGCACUGUAGUAGUUAGUACUGUUUGGGAUGUUUGAGCUAGAACUCUAAUGUAUAGACCCCGUGCAGUCACAUGACUGUUGAUGCUUAUGCUGCCAUAUUGGUUGGCAAAAGAGACUGUAACCACUCACUCAAAAAUACAAAUAUUUUCAGAAUGC